UGAUCGUGGCAGACAUUCCGCAGAUUAUGGAACUCUACAACUACUAUGUCGCAAACACGAUUAGUGCACACGAAUUUCUCCCUCGGACUGUACCACAGAUGACUCUUCGGGUGCAGAACGUGAUGAAUGCCGGACUACCUUGGAUCGUCGCCAUCCACCGUGCAGGAACUCGGAAUAAUCAAGAUUACUUCACGGAGCAGGUGGUAGGGUUUGCAAAUAUUGACGAUUUCGUCGAGCCUGGAAGCAUGUAUCGAUACAGCUUCGAUCUAGAGAUUUUCGUUCACGUCGAUUACUGCAAGAUGGGUAUUGGGAGUUGCUUGUUGGAUCGUAUGCUCGAAAUGUGUGACACUUCUCAUUUCCUGAGGGGCGGUUAUGACUGGAUCAAUCGGGACGACUACCUCAAGAAUGGUCCAUCGCGGGUGGUCAAGACCAUCAACUUCACAUUUCCUCACGAUGCCAAUGACCAAGGCCAGCCUAAGCAAGUCGACAGCAUCAAGAAAUGGCUCAAGAGCUUUGGUUUCAGGGCCUCUGGUCAUUUGCACCAAGUCGGGUUCAAAUUGGGCAAGACAGUCGACACUUCGAUCUUUCAGCGUUCCACCACUGAGGAGAUUGUCGCGGACCAAAGGCCUGACCAUCCGCUCUAGUCGACGCGUCUACAAUCUCCAAACCGAAUGUCCAACGGAUUGUUCUCGAAGAAGACCUGAUCACACGAUACAUCCAGUGGGUUUUCUUUUCUUUCCUCUCAAGGCCUUUCACAGCCCAACUUUCAACUCACAUACCCGAAUCGAUGACACACACGCAUAGAGAGUAG